AGUUGUUAAUACAAAUAACGUUUCUUGUGUGAGAGACUUCAUUAAAAAAUUUUUUUUCCCUAGAGCUAAGCCAAAAUGGCAGCAGAGGAAGGACAAGUGAUCAGUUGCCACACUUUUGAGUCAUGGAAUGAGCAGCUUCAAAAGGGCAAUGAAUCCAAAAAACUGGUGGUUGUUGAUUUCACUGCUUCAUGGUGUGGACCAUGCCGUUUUAUUGCACCCUUCCUGGCUGAAUUGGCCAAGAAAAUUCCUCAAGUCAUGUUUCUCAAGGUGGAUGUGGAUGAGUUGAAGGAAGUUGCUGCCGAUUGGGCUGUGGAGGCUAUGCCAACUUUCAUGUUCCUGAAGGAGGGGAAGAUUGUGGACAAAGUGGUGGGAGCAAAGAAAGAUGACCUUCAGCAGACUGUGGCAAAGCAUAUGGCUACUAGCAGUAGUGCUUCUGCUUGAUGAUGAUAAUUAUUAUUACUAUGACCUCUCAUGUUUGGAGGGAGGAAUUUAUUAUUAUAAACCUCAUCAUUAUGUGCAGCUAAUAAUCUAGACAUAUCUACAUGUUAGACCUUAAGUUUGUUUCUAUAUAUUUUGAGGAUAUUUAUAUCAUUAUUCGUAUAUGUUACAGACAGAAUUCAUUAAAAGCUU